CGAACCAAAUCCGACCGGAUAGCUAUCCCUGUACUAGCUUAAGUAGCCAUCUGAACCCUCUUCCUACUCUCACAUGAGCAUAUAAAACCCAAACAUUUGUAUACCUUAAGCCCCAUCCUUAACCACAACUCCUAGCUACCAUCAUCUUUAAAAUAUCAAACACUAAGCAGCUAUCACAUCCCUAAAAUGAAGUACACCACCACUCUCCUCUUCGCCCUCACAGCGACUACUAGUCUUGCAGCACCCAUCACAAAUCCCGCAAGUAUCGAGGUGAACAUCCAAGUCCAACUCUCUGCUGUGGAAGCACAGGAAACUCUAAUGCGAUUCGCACCUGUUCACGCUGGUGAAGAAGGUGCAUCUCGACUCCACUACUCUCCUGUGCAUGCCGGCAACGAAGAAGAGACGAGGCUUCACUAUUCUCCGGUGCAUGCUGGGGAGGAGGGGCAGAGCCGCGAGAAGUGAUUUCAACACUGCAGAAGGACAAGGUGGGGAAAGGGCUUGAAAAGCCCUUGUGCUUAGGGUAUAUAUCUAAGUUUUGCACAAUACGAAAUUUGCACUAGUCAUUAAGUUAGGACCGAGGGUUAGUCAACGAGGAGAGAGUAAUGAAGC